GGUCGUCACGAACAGGUGGAAUCCAAAUAUCUGGCUAUACUUAGCGUGUGUUAUCCAAUCUAUCUAUACCUUCUCGGAUCUAGCGUUUGUCAUGCUGCCCGUCAUGAUUAUCUGGAGACUGAAUAUGCCACUUCGUCAGAAGAUAGGCCUUAUUAUUCUCAUGGCGAUGUCUUUGCUUACCAUGGUCAUGUCAAUAAUGAGGACUGUUUGGAUUGUUGUGUCGUACAGUGGCAGCUCGGCUCUAGAAACUUAUGACGAGACUUCAAUCCUAACGCUGGCUCUCCUGGAGGGAGACAUGGUCAUUAUCAUGGGCUGCAUCCCGACGUUGCGGAGUCUCAUGAAGCUGAACCUGUCACAAGUCGGCUUGUCAUUCUCAAACUUUUUCGCCAGGUCCAAAUCGAAGCCCUCGACAAUGGACAAGAGCUACAAUAGUUCUGGACCAUACCACGACUUGGAGCUCAGCACUAGGAAACUAGCUGCUAUCGGUCAAAGUGAGAAUGUCCAAGUCUCUACUGCUGUUUUCCACCCGAAUAAUAGGAGCCAAGAUGAGUUGGUAGGAGAAACUGAGGUUAGGCGAACAGACCAGUUUUCUAUCACGUACGAAUCGGCAGGGGACGCAGAAAGACAUGCGGGACAAUAAGACCAUUUAGAAUUUGAUAUAUGAAGAGGUUUGGAGGAAUAUACCAGGAGAAUAUUGCAGAAAAUAGAGAGCUUUUCAUCUAGGGAAUCAAACAAGCCG